AUGGAGGAACCAAAGCAAACAAGCGAAAUCAUCGAAGAUGCUCAAGUGGAAAACAAUGUUGAAGAUGAGCCAUCGAAACAGCCCAUUAUGCGAGCAAAGUCGGAUGAUCUUUCGGUCUGGCAAACCCUUCGCCAGUUCAAGUUCAUCUCGCUGGUCGCUAUGGCUGCAUCGUUCAGUGCCUCCCUGGAUGGAUAUCAGAUCAGUCUGAAUGGCGGAGUCGUCUCCAACAAGGGAUUCAUCGCCCAAUUUGCCUCUCCCGGGACGUCGAUCAUUCCAGGACCAUAUGUGUCUGCUUGGGGUGGUAUCCAAUCGGCCGGUCAAACAGUUGGACAGAUUCUAUUGCAGUAUGUCACGGAGGCCUAUGGGCGUAAGAUUGCUUUGUACCUUAUAUGGGUGGAUCUCGUUAUCAGCGUCUUUAUAGAAUCCUUUGCCACUCAAUGGCAGCACUGGCUUGUCGCGAAAUUGUUUUCGGGAAUGGGUGUCGGCAUGUUGCAAUCUACACUUCCACUCUACCUAUCUGAGAUCGCACCUACUCAACUGCGUGGAUUCUAUAUCAAUGCCUAUAGCUUGUGGUUUGUGCUUGGUCAGAUCUUUGCUUCGGUGGCGCUCAACCGGCUCAACACCUCCGACCCUAUGGACUUCCGGACCCCCAUUUACUCUCAGGCAGGUUGGGCGAUGGUCGGCACUAUCGCUAUCAUCUUUUUCCUAAUUCCGGAAUCACCUUGGUGGCUAGUCAGCAAAGGAAAGAAUGAUCGCGCAGCAAAGAUUUUGCAAAGAUACAAUGGUAAUGUUGAAGGAUACAAUGUCGAAGAACAAAUUAGCGUUAUGGAUGCCACCGUGGUGGAGGAACGCCGGGUCGCUGAGCGCAACUCAGAAAUGGGACAGAUGGCCGUAUUCAAAGGUCGCAACUUGAUUCGAUUCCUCAUUGCAUCCUGGCCAAAGAUUACACAGCAGUUUGUGGGUCUGGCAGUCUUUAACAGCUACGCUACCUACUUUUUUCAAUACGCUGGCAGCAAUGACCCGUUCAUGGUGACGGUCAUCCUCUCAUGUGUCCAGCUUCUAUCCAUGCUUAUGACAGUGACGCUUACUGAUCAAUUCGGUCGUCGACCUUUAACCGUCUACCCUUAUGCAGUGACUGUUGUAUCUGUUUUGUGUCUUGGUAUUAUUGGGUGCUUCGACUACACGAAGCCCGCAACCAGCUCGCUAUUGAUCUUCUUCGCUUGCAUGGCCACAUUUUCUACGACCGGUGCAUCGGCUAUCGGGUACGCGUACGCGGCUGAGGUUCCCCAGCAGCGUCUCCGAGCUCAAACCGCAGGAUGGGCUCUAGCUUUGUCCAAUGGUGUCGCGAUCAUGUUCAGCUUCUGCACCCCACUAAUGAUCAAUAACGGAACAGUUUCGCACUGGGGUGUUAAGACGGGAUUCUUCUUCGCCGGAACCGGAACUGUGGCUGUAGUCAUUGCUUGGUUCAUUUUACCUGAAGUGACACGUCGCACACCUGCAGAAAUUGACGAACUAUUCGAAACGAAAGUCAACCUUCGGAAAUUCAAGGGACAUGUCACUGAAGUUCAAAUGCGCGCAGAUGCAGGUCACUUGGCUGAAAAGGAAAUAGUGGCUUAA